AUGCUGCUGGAAGAGCUCAAUUCGGAGGAAGUCAACGAAUUUUUGAGAAAACGUGUCGAAUCGAGAAAACAGCACGAAAACGAGAAAGAUGUAGAGUUGGCCGAAAAUAUUACGACUACAACAACGCCGACGGCAGAAAGUUCAACCGAGAACUUGAUUCAUUUGUUGCAACCAAGGGAAAACAACGACGAAUCGCGAAGCACGACAACUAUCAACACUGAUGAUGUUAACAAUGAUUUUCUGUCACCACCGAAGCCACCAAUGCUGCUAUCCGAAUUUGCUGAUCAGCUCGUCAGCAAUAUGAAUCUUACGACAAUAAGUUAUCCAGAUUUUCCAACACCGAAACCGACUGUUUUCUCAACAACUCCUGACGAAUCUUUCCCAUAUAUGGUGAAUGCAGCGAAGGAAUUCAUUCGUCGAUACUUAUCUCCAGAGCAAUGGCGAAAAUUAAGAAUUCUCUUAAAAACUAUGAAGGAAGUUGGUGGGUCUCGUAUGGAUAUACACCGCGCUGCAACUUUAUUCAUCUCAAAAGUUAUUUCAAAAAGUGAGAUGGAUGAAAUAACUUCGAGAAGAGGAGAACUGUUUCGUACAUUUAGCAGACGAUUUCUGAACCGUAAAAGGAAAAUAAAAUAA